AUGGAUUCUGAGCAGUCUAGCGGAGAGCCCAUCUCCCCAGUGGCCUUGAAUGUAGUCCGCCAGGUCGCCUGCGCCCUCCUAGCCUUGGCCUUCGCCUUGGGCGUCCCGGGCAACUUGACGGUGGUGUGGACAGUGUGUCGGAUGAAAACUCCCCGGCCCACGGUGCUGCUGAUUCUCAACCUGGCGGCCGCCGACCUGCUGACGCUCCUGACCGUGCCCUUCUGGAUCUACGUGCUGGCCGACGUGUGGAGCCCGGAGCCCUUGGUGUGCCGGAGCCUGAUGUGGCUGGUGAACGGGUCCAUGUUCUCCAGUGUCCUGCUCAUCACCCUGCUGAGCGCCGAGCGCCUGGUGGCCGUGGUCCGGCCCUUCCACCUGCAGCGCUGGUGGCGCCGGGCCGGGGCGCACAAGGUGCUGCUGCUGCUGUGGCUCGCCGCCUUAGCCCUGGCCGUGCCCGCCAUGCUCACCGUGGACCCCAGCCACUGCCUGCAGCGCGAGUUCUCGUCCGGCCGGCAGCAGGUGACGCUGCUGCUGCUGGAGACCCUGGCGGGCUUCGUGGGACCCUUCGCCGUCAUCGCCGUCUGUUCGGCCUGCGUCCGGCGCCAUCUGCGCAGGCUGCAUCACCCGGGCAGGCGCCGGGCCGGCCGCAUCGUCACCGCCGUGGUGGUGGCCUUCGCCGUCUGCUGGCUGCCCUACCACCUAGCCAACGCGGCAGCUGUGGCCGCCGAGCUGCUGGGGGACCCGUCGGGAGAGCCGCUCGCCUGGCUGAAGGAUGCGGCCGACGUGGGGCACAGCAUCUCGGCGCCGCUGGUUUUCUUGGGCAGCUGCGUCAAUCCCCUGCUGUACGCUUUCGCCGCCCGUCGGAUCGUCCAGGAGGGGGGCUUGGCUGGCCUUUUCGCCCGAAUGGUGCCCAGCGUCCCCAGCGUCCCCAACGAUGGAGCCCAUCAAGAGGCCAACCAGAGUUUAGGGGACAGCGCCUCUGAUCAAGCUUUGGGCUUGAACAGUCGGGACUCAGGCUUCUAA